AACUUCAAAACCUUCCGGGUGGGGCACAUCUGCGUCUGCUGGGUCCCAACGUUCCUCUCGUACUCACGACCGCCCGCAUACACGAAAGUACCGCAGGCAGGAUGCAGGCCGCCGUUCGAGAGGGCAUGACUCCCGCGGAUGCACGGAUGCCCAUCGGGACGCUGGCGGAGAUGGUAAUCGGAAGGACCGGGGUGGUAGUCACCAAAAUACCAGGGGAGAGGCUCGUGGUAGCCACGGACCUACUCAUUUCUCCUUCUAUGGUCCGAGCAGCAGGCAAGUGAAGCGUUUCUUGGAGACGAAGGACAAGUCAGGGCCCUCGGCAUACCGUCGGCUGCUCAAGCUGCUCGCGGAUGAGUGGGAACCGAAAGGUCUCAACCGGGGCAUCGACAAGCUGCAGGAUUUUGGUGUGCCCAACGGCACGCCGUACAGCAAAUGCGUUACAAAGCUUAAGGCGUUGGCAAUGUCGGAGUUGGCCUCGCACAGAGCUUUCGCGCCGGAAGUGCGCAUGGUACAGCGUGCGCUUCGGAACGCUUUGUUGGAGCAGUAUCUGAAUGUUCUCUCGUCUUUGCCGUUGAAGGAUAAGAUUCUCCACAACGCAGUGUUUUGUGAUCAGGAUGAGCUUUGGGAUGCUUUGUCUUCGGAGGAAGCACUAAAUCAUUCGCCCGCCUACAAUG